CUUUACUAGGAAUUAAUACUCAUUCCUUACUACUGUAUGUUUAUGUGCUUACACGUCUCUGUCAUUUUGUUAUUCUAAUAGAUGGCGAUGGCAUAAUUCUAGAAGUAACAGGAGACAUUUGUCUGCAGAUGAUACAAUUGAAGAGUUCCUUCAAAAACAUAACAACUUCAUACCUAUUAAGUACUCAUAUUCUGAAAUAAAGAAAAUGACUAGAGGUUUCAAAGAUAAAUUAGGUGAAGGAGGUUAUGGUUUGGUUUUCAAAGGAAAGCUUCGAAGUGGCAAUUUAGUGGCAGUAAAAUUAUUGAGCAAAUCAAAAGCAAAUGGCCAAGAUUUCAUCAAUGAAGUUGCUACCAUUGGAAGGGUCCAUCAUGUUAAUGUGGUGCGACUGAUCGGAUUUUGCGUGGAGGGAUCUAAACGAGCUCUUGUAUAUGAUUUCAUGCCAAAUGGAUCCUUGGAUAAAAUCAUAUUUUCUAGUGAAGACAACACAUCUUUAACCUGUCAAAGAAUGUUUGAGAUUGCUGUUGGAGUGGCUAGGGGGAUUGAAUACUUACAUCGAGGAUGCGAAAUGCAGAUUCUACAUUUUGAUAUCAAACCACACAACAUCCUUUUGGAUGAGAACUUCAAUCCAAAAGUUUCAGAUUUUGGCCUUGCAAAAUUGUAUCCAACUGAUGACAGUGUUGUAUCUCUUACUGUAGCAAGAGGUACUCUAGGAUACAUGGCUCCAGAAUUAUUCUACAAGAAUAUUGGAGGCGUCUCAUACAAAGCUGAUGUCUAUAGCUUUGGAAUGUUGUUGAUGGAAAUGGUGGGAAGGAGAAGGAACUUAAAUGCAUUUGCUAAUCAUACAAUUGGGAGAUGUUACUGAUGUUGAAAAGAAUGUUCUGAUGAAGAUGGCCAUAGUUGCCUUGUGGUGCAUACAAAUGAAACCU